AUGUGGUGUCAGUGGGUCAAAUCUUACUUAAUCAAAGGUAGGAAUUUUUGGAAUUUGAAAAUUCCUGGUGAUUGCACUUGGGUUUGGAGGAAACUCUUGACCCUCAGGCCGGUGGUACAACCAUAUAUUCUAAGCAUACUAGGUAAUGGUCAAUCCACCUCCUUGUGGUAUGACAAUUGGCAUCCUCUUAGUCCCUUGAUGAACAAAUUUGGUACUCGAAUAGCUUAUGAUUCUGGUAUCUCGAAGGAUGCUACUAUGUCCCACAUCAUUCUUAAUUCAAAUUGGGCAUUCCCCAUUACUCAAACUUGGGAACUUAAUGAGGUAAGAAAUUCUUUGCCUCCUCUUAUUCAGUCCAGAUUGAAUGGGGCUGACCAUGUUAGAUGGACUCUCACAGCCAAUGGUCAGUUCUCAAUUGCAUCUUUAUGGGACAAGUUGAGAACUCCCUUUCCUAAGGUCAUGUGGCAUAAGUUAGUAUGGUUUUCUGGCCACAUUCCGAAAUGUAGCUUUGUCACUUGGAUAGCUAUUCUAAAUAGGCUCUCCACUACUGAUAGACUUUUGUUGUUUGGUCUUAAUGUCUCUCCUGAAUGUAGUCUUUGUCAAGAGAAGGAAAGCCAUGAUCACCUCUUCUUUAACUGCCCUUACUCUCAAAAAGUUUGGGGUGCCAUCCAAACUAAGCUACAUGUAUCCUGGUCUCCUAGAUCAUGGUUUGAUUGGAUCUCUUUUCCGUCAGGUGUCAAAGGUAAAACACUUAAGGCUGUGCUUACAAAACUGGUCUUUACAGUAGCUGUUUAUCACAUCUGGAUUGAGAGAAAUGUUAGGAAGUUUCAAAAUCUCUCUUGUACAUGGGAGGCAGUUGUUCACAAAAUCUGCUCUAUGGUUAGAGCCAGACUUUUAUCACUUCAUAGAACGCCUCAAUCUCAAGCAGCUUGGAUUGAAAAUGAGUGGAAUUUGGCUUGA